AUGUCCGAGCCUAGCGCAUCUGUGUCCGCAGCGGCGAGCGAAGCCUCCAAGGUGCCGUCGCAGUACCGCUCUGUUGGGAUUAUAUUGGCGGUUAGUUCGGGAGUGUUAAUCGGCUCGUCUUUUGUGUUUAAGAAAAAGGGCCUUAUACGGUCGCAAAAGGGCGGUCCAGCCGGCGAGGGCGUUGGCUAUCUCAAGAGCCCACUAUGGUGGACCGGAAUGAUCAUGAUGAUUAUUGGAGAACUGUGUAAUUUUGGGGCAUACGCAUUCGUUGAAGCCAUCGUCGUCACUCCACUCGGAGCGCUGUCGGUGGUGAUCUGCGCGAUAUUGUCUUCGAUAUUCCUCAAGGAGAAACUUACGUUCUUCGGAUGGAUUGGAUGUAUUCAGUGUAUCAUCGGCUCUGUCGUCAUCGCACUCAACGCGCCAGAAGAACAAUCCGUAACGACCAUUGCUGAAUUUAAAAAACUCUUCCUUGCUCCAGGUUUCCUUAGUUUUGGCAGCGUCGUGAUUGCCGUCUCACUUGUUAUCAUUUUCUACUUUGCGCCACGUUAUGGAAAAACGUCCAUGCUCUGGUACAUUCUUGUCUGUUCGCUAAUCGGCGGGCUGAGCGUCAGUUGCACCCAAGGGCUCGGAGCGAGCAUUGUAACUAGUAUUAGAGGAGAGAACCAGUUCAAAAAUUGGUUUAUAUAUUUCUUACUUGUAUUUGUUGUCGUCACGCUCUUGACUGAGAUCUACUACCUCAAUAUUGCACUAGCGUUGUUUAAUACCGCUAUGGUCACCCCAACCUAUUACGUCAUUUUCACUUUCUGCACUCUGGUCACCUCUAUAAUUUUGUAUCAAGGCCUUCACGCCACCGUCACCCAAAUCCUCACGGUCGUCCUCGGCUUCCUAAUGAUCUGCACAGGUAUAACCAUCCUCCAAAUGUCCAAAGUCGAUCCUCGCAAACUCCAAAACCUCGACAAGCGAACAACUCUCCUUCUCGCAGCCGCACGAGAGCAAGUCGAACCCUCUCACUCGCGCACUCCCUCUCGCGCUAGGGCUGGUUCUCGAACGGGCGGAAGCAUUGGUGAUGUGGAGAAGCAGGACGGGAUCGAUGAUGGAUGGGAUGCUUGUUCACUUGCGGAGACAGAAGAGCCGGGUUUGGAUGCACUACGUGGGGGAGGAUUUGGAGCAGUGGGAACCAUGGUGCGUGCACGGCGUCGUUCGACAAUCGCACGCGAGCGCCGAGGGACCGUCACAUCUCAGCAAUCCCGGUUCUCUCAGAGUAGUCGAGCACCAAGUGAAGAAGCCGGUCACGCUGGAAUUGGAACGAAACGCUUCAAGGAUGGGCCUCCGCCCUUGCCUGUUGACUCUGCACAACGUAUCGAGGCGGCUAGGAAAGGUCCCAGUCCCACACCAUACGGCCCUAGUCUCGGCUCUGGCCCCGCAGGCGUUAUUGGCGAUAUUCGAGACGAGCCGGCGCUACGGAUGAUGGAAGUGGGGGAAUAUACGACCAGUCCUGACGAGGGUGCCCAACUACGACGAGGUCCAUCGAACGGAGGUGUUUAUUUCAGAGACGCAGACGGCCGGCGAACGCCUGAUAGCCGUGCUAAAUCCCCAGGUCCUCGAAGUCCGGAUCGUGCACGCCCAUCUAUUGACCGGGCACGUACCCCAGCUGGCACCGAUCCUAUGCGUUCAGGUACACCAGAUCCUAAUAAUCCUGGCACAUACGUUCUUCGCGUGCCUGCACCAGCUGGGAGCAUGUCUGCGGUUCCGAGACGAGUCGUCUCUCCGAGCGGGAGUGUACAUCUGAGCAGGACCGGGACACCAACCAAAGCUGACUGGAAAAAAGGUGGCACAAGUGGCGGGGGUACGAGUACCAGGGCUGAUACGGCGGGCGACGGUGAUGCUUCUCGGAUUCCACGGGUAUCGAGCACCGCAUCUUCCUCAGACACGAAAACAUCGAUCCGUGCACAACCUGCGGUAUCAGAGUACUUCCCUGCUAUACCUUCCCCAGGAGACGAACCCACCGAAGCAGAAUCCCAAUCACACGGUCUUCCUAUGCCUGUUAUCGAUAACCGGGGUAUUUCUGGAUUAGCGAGGAGCGAUCGGGCAACUGUAGCGGACAGUGUAUGGGUCGGGAGCUCGCCUGUCGUCAUGCGACGAGGUGGGGCCGAGGCGGGGGAGGUCAAGACUGGCCGAGGGGUACUGAGUAUGGACGGUACAAUCUCGAGUGAGGGAGUUGAACAGAACAGUAUAGAUGAGAAGAGCGAGGGUGGGAGCGAGCAUGCGUUGUUGAAGCGCUAUCGAUGA